AUGGAUGGAUCGGAAUCUGGAGGAAUACGCAGCCAAAUACAAGACCUCAUUUACCUCGCUGGCCCGGCCUCUGCGGAAAUCGUCGCUGAUGUGGCUCUCUGUCCAAUGGAAGCUGUCAAAGUCAGGGUCCAGACUCAGCCUGGUUUCGCCCGCGGUUUAUCUGAUGGUUUACCAAAGAUCAUUAGAUCUGAAGGCGUUCGCGGGUUAUUCAAAGGGCUUGUUCCUCUCUGGGGACGCCAGAUUCCAUAUACAAUGAUGAAAUUCGCUACUUUUGAAAACACUGUGGAGCUCAUAUACAAGAAAGUGAUGCCUACCUCAAAAGAGGAGUGCUCGGAGUCAGUUCAGCUCGGGGUGAGCUUCGCCGGUGGAUACAUUGCUGGAAUUUUCUGCGCUGUUAUCUUACAUCCUGCAGAUAACUUGGUGUUAUUCCUCAAUAACUCUAAAGGAGCCACCGUUACUGAUGCAGUAAAGAAGCUAGGGUUAUUGGGUCUGCUUACCCGUGGCCUUCCACUCCGCAUUUUCAUAAUAGGAACACUCACUGGAGCACAAUGGGUUAUCUACGAUGCUGUCAAAGUUUUAGCUGGAUUGCCAACCACUGGUGGUGCUUCUCCAGCUACUGCGCUUGCUCGAGCUGUAAGUGCUUAA